AUGUCGACGUGGGGUCAAUAUUUCCGUGUCACCACCUAUGGCGAGUCUCACUGCCGCUCCGUUGGCUGCAUCGUCGACGGAUGUCCUCCGGGCAUGCAACUCACCGAGACCGACAUCCAGCCUCAGAUGACCCGUCGCCGUCCCGGCCAGAGCGCCCUCACUACCCCGCGGGACGAGAAGGACCGAGUCGAGAUCCAGUCAGGCACCGAGUUCGGCGUGACUCUGGGCACACCAAUUGCCAUGGUCGUCCGCAAUGAGGACCAGCGUCCCAAGGACUACGGUGGUAGCACAAUGGACCUGUACCCCCGCCCUAGCCAUGCCGACUUCACCUACCUUGAGAAGUACGGCGUCAAGGCCAGCAGCGGUGGUGGUCGCAGCAGCGCUCGUGAGACUAUUGGCCGUGUCGCCGCCGGCGCCAUCGCCGAGAAAUUCCUCCGCCAAGCGCAUAACAUUGAAAUUGUCGCCUUCGUCUCCUCCGUCGGCAACGAGCACCUCUUCCCCCCAACCCCCGAACACCCCUCUUCCUCCACCAACCCGGAGUUCCUUAGCCUGAUUGAUUCGAUCAGCCGCGAAACCGUCGACUCCUUCGCGCCCAUCCGCUGCCCGGAAACCGCCGCAGCUGAGCGCAUGACCAAAGUCAUCGAGAAGUACCGCGACAACCACGACAGCAUCGGUGGAACCGUAACAUGCGUGAUCCGCAACGUGCCAGUUGGAUUGGGCGAGCCCUGCUUCGACAAGCUUGAAGCCAAGCUCGGCCACGCGAUGCUCAGCAUUCCCGCAACUAAGGGCUUCGAGAUCGGCUCCGGUUUCGGCGGCUGCGAGGUCCCCGGCUCAAUCCACAACGACCCCUUCAUUGUCAGCCAGAACGAGGCUGGCGGCCCCCGUCUCACUACCAAGACUAACAACUCUGGCGGUAUCCAGGGUGGUAUCUCCAACGGCGCGUCCAUCUACUUCCGCGUCGCGUUCAAGCCCGCUGCUACUAUCGGCCAGGCGCAGACCACUACUACUUACGACGGUGAGGAGGGUGUUCUGGAGGCUAAAGGUCGUCAUGAUCCUUGUGUCACCCCCCGUGCUGUCCCUAUCGUUGAGGCUAUGUCGUCGCUGGUUAUCAUGGACGCUCUCAUGGCUCAGUAUGCCCGUGAGGGUGCCAAGAACUUGCUUCCCCGGCUGCCUCAGACUAUCCCUACUAAGCCUACUACCGCGCCUUCGUCGUAA